AUGAUGAACACUAUCGAGCGACAUGCAAAUAUACGUGUCUAUAUAUCGAAAAAUGUGCAACAAUGCAAUUACCCAUGUGGUACAUUGAUUAUGGUUGCUGGGGGUGGUGGAGGUUAUACAGGACCGGCGGCUAUUUAUCCUGAUUUAGCAAAAGAAAUGCAGGAAUAUCCAAAUAUAAUUUCAGUGCAGAUGGAUUAUCGAUACCCAAGUGAUCUAGAACCAUGCGUACAAGAUCUUAUCGAAACCAUUGAUAUCCUAGUAUCGAGAUAUCAGAUUGAACGAGUAGUACUUAUAGGAUGGUCAUUCGGUGGUGCUGUUGUUAUCUCAGCAGGUGCUCAGCAUAGACUCGUCAGAGCGAUCGCUACGGUUGCGUCACAAACUGCCGGUACAAACAGUGUUAGCAAAUUAGCUCAAAAGGGCAAAGCAUGUUUGUUCAUUCACGGGAAAGGUGAUCAGUGUUUGCCGUUUCGAUGCUCGGAACAACUGUACCGGUUGGCCGGUGAACCAAAAGAACUUGUUCUCUACGAUGGUGAUAAUCACGGUGUGACAAAUCAUCGUGAUGAAGUAAAAGACAAAUUGAAACAGUUCGUGCUUCAAUAUUUAUGUUUGCCAACAAAAUAG